AUGCCCCGCGAAAUCGACCCCCCAUCAGUUCAGCGCGAGUUCCUCGUAGCGGCCCUGGAGCAGGGGAAGCGCCUCGACGGACGCCUUCCCCUCGAGCAGCGCCCGUUCCAGCUCACGUUUGGCGCCGAGCUCGGCAGCGUCGAGUGCCGGCUGGGCAAGACGGCUGUCCUCGCUCAGGUCACAGCCACGAUUGUAAAGCCGCGCGACGACAGGCCGUACGAGGGCUUCCUCGUCAUCAGCUCCGAGAUCUCGCCCAUGGCGUCGGGCGUGUUCGAGGCAGGACGGUCAUCCGAGGACGAGGUCAUGAUCACGAGGUUGUUGGAGAAGAGCAUCAGACGGACUGAGGCGGUCGACCGCGAGGCGCUGUGUAUCCUUGCUGGAGAGAAGGUUUGGCACCUCCGCCUCACACUGCACUUCCUCUCCGACUCUGGAAACCUUCUCGACUGUGCAUCUCUCGCUGCUAUGACGGCGUUGCGCCACUUCCGCAAGCCAGAGGUCGAGGUCAUCGGUGGAGAGGUGAUUGUGCACUCGCCGGAUGAGCGCGCACCGGUCCCCCUUGCGAUCCACCACACUCCCCUCUGCCUCACCUUUGCCUACUUUGAGAACCUGCCGCCCAUCCUCGACCCAACACAUCUCGAGGAGGUGCUCGCGUCGGGCACGAUGACGAUCACGCUCAACGCGCAGCGCGAGCUGUGUGUCCUCUCCAAAGCCGGCGGCACGGCUUUGGCCGCCGACGAGAUUAUGAACAUUGUCCGGGUUGGCGUCGAGCGCGUCCGUGCCAUUGUCAAGCUCAUGGAUGAAGCCCUGGCAAAGGACCAGGGUGAGCGUGUCGUCGAGGUGGUGUAACGCGGCACUUUGAGGCGGGCGAGUUGGGUGGGGCGUCACGCCGUUGUCGUCACGAGCGUGUGUAACUUUUAUCUUGUAC